AUGGAGAGGCAGGGCGACAAGAGGCAGCUUGUUCGACACGUGCUGAAGGAAAUAUGCAAUUUCAAGCAGAUUCGCCUAACGGUCUACCAUGCACUGUGUGUGGUUGGCGCAACCACACUGCGGUAUAAGGAGAUUUUUGAUGGUGGCUUGGGACGGUUCAAUGGUGGAGAGAUACAGUUGCGAUUGCGUGACGGAGCGGUUCCUAUUUACUGUCGCGCUCGUCCUCUUCCGUACGCGCUGCUGCGGCGAGUGGAUAAUGAGUUAGACUCAAUGCUGCGCGAUGGAAUCAUAGAGCCGGUUGAUAGCUCGGACUGGGCUACGCCUUUGGUACCCGUAAGUAAAUCUGACGGAGGUUUGAGGCUCUGCGCGGACUAUAAGAUAACUUUAAAUCCGGUCUUGCUGGUUGACAGAUAUCCAUUGCCGCGCGUUGAGGAUUUACUUGUGACCUUAAAUGGCUCGCAGUAUUUCAGUAAGAUCGACUUGUCUCAGGCUUACAAUCAGUUAGUACUCGACGAAACAUCUAGAGACUUAACUGUUAUUAACACGCACAGGGGUUUGUUUAGGUAUAACCGUUUAGUAUUUGGAUUGGCAUCUAGUGCCGGGAUAUUUCAAAGAACUAUGACUAACUUAUUAAAAGGAGUGCAUCCGUCCGUCGGAAUUUUUCAAGAUGAUGUUAUUAUAGGCGGCAGUUCUAAGGAAGAACACCUUAAGGCUUUAGAUGCGGUACUUAAGCGAUUGCAUGAGAGUGGUUUAAAGGUUAAGAAAAGCAAGUGCGUAUUUCUAGUGAGCCAGGUAAAUUAUCUUGGGUAUGUUGUAUCUAAAGACGGUAUUGCGACUGAUCCGGCUAAGAUUGAGGCAAUGUUAAAGGUGCCUACUCCUAAAAAUGUCACAGAGUUACGAUCCUUUUUAGGGAUGGUCAACUUUUAUGGGAAAUUUGUUAAAAAUAUGAGUUCGAUAUUGAGUCCCAUGCAUGAUUUACUAAAAAAAGGAGCUGCUUGGAAUUGGUCACAUGAAUGUGAAAAGGCCUUUAUGACCAUUAAGCGGCGUUUAUCUGGAUCGAAGGUUUUAGCGCACUAUGAUCAGGAUAAGGCUUUAAUUUUGACAUGUGAUGCUAGUUCACGUGGCGUCGCUGGUGUGCUGACACAACCUAGUGUGCAGGGCGAGCGCCCCAUAGCUUAUGCAUCACGAUCGCUAAGUGAAGCUGAAAAAAAAUAUUCGCAAAUCGAUAAGGAGGCCUUGGCUAUUAUUUACUGUUUAAAGAAAUUUAACCAGUACUUAUACGGGCGACAUUUUACUUUAAGGACCGAUCACAAGCCAUUGGUGAGUCUGUUUGGGCCUAAGACUGGUGUUCCUGCGAUGGCUGCAAGCCGAAUGCAAAGAUGGGCAUUGAUAUUGUCGGCAUUCUCUUAUGACAUAGAGUAUAUCAAUACUAAGGAAAACUUGGCUGACGGCUUGUCAAGGCUACCGAUCGAAGGCGAUGUAGGAAUGGAACCAUCUAUUCCAGAACAUACAUAUUUACAUUAUGUCCAAGAUGCUUUGGCUAUCGAUAGUGAAGUCAUCAAACGUGAAACCGCUAGGGAUCCGGUGUUGAGUCGAAUUUUAUCUUAUAUUGAUGACGGUUGGCCUGAUUCGAAUGAUGUAAGAAACUUGCAGCCUUUCUUUAAUAGGAAGAAAGAGUUAUAUUCUGAGCGUGGAUGUGUUAUGUGGGGCCAUAGGGUGAUCGUUCCUAACUCUUGCAAGCAAGCGGUAUUGGAGAUGUUACAUGAGCCUCAUAUGGGUAUCGUCAAAACUAAAUCUAUGGCUCGGAGUUAUGUGUGGUGGCCUGGCAUGGAUGAAGAGAUCGAGGCUAAAUGCAAAACUUGCGAGGUUUGUGCGAUGGAGCAGGACUCACCUAGAGGCCAUGUACCUUGCCCUUGGCCUUAUCCUAGCAGUUCAUGGACGCGGAUUCAUGUAGAUUUUAUGGGUCCGGUUAAUGGAAAGCUUUAUUUGAUCAUGGUUGAUUCCACUUCUAAGUGGUUGGAAGUAUUCCAAGUAUCGAGUACCUCAGCUGCUCACACAAUAGAAAAACUGGCCGAGGUGUUUUCUCGUUUUGGUUUUCCUAAGCAACUUGUGUCAGACAACGGCCCUCCUUUCACUAGUAAGGAGUUUAGUGAAUAUUUGAAGGGAAACCAUAUCCAACACGUGUUUUCAGCUCCUUAUCAUCCAUCUUCAAAUGGCGCAGCUGAGAAUGCAGUUAAGACGGUUAAAAGGGUGGUAAAAAAAGCUAUUAGGCAAAACAUAGACACUAAGAUGUCAAUACAGACCUUCCUAUUACAUUAUAGGAACACCCCUCAUUGUACUACGGGUGAAAGCCCAGCUCAGUGUCUCAUGGGCCGAAAGUUGCGGACGGGUCUUGACGUUCUUAAACCCGAUAGGCAGGUUAAAGUGUGGGGCUCACAGAUGAAGAUGGCGGAACAGGCCGGUGGCUCCCAGAGAUCAGUUGACGUCGGUGACUCUGUGUGGAUCAGGCGGUAUAACUCAAAGGACAAGUGGAUGCCUGGCGUAGUGUCUGCACGAUUAGGGAACACUGAUUAUGCAGUGACAACCAAUACCGGUGAAGUAGCUCACAGGCAUGUCGAUCAAAUGAGACCAAAAGGAUUGAAAUUGUUAUCAUGUCCGUUGUCAGGGCCAGAACCUCCGUUUGUAAAUACGCAGCCGUUGCCUUUACCAGCUUCGCCUGAUGUUUCAUUGUCGGGUGACAUCGUAGCAGAGGUCCCAGCUCAGCCGGUUGUAGGGUCUGCGCCAGUACCUCCUCAGGGGGAUAGUGUAAGAGGUGGGAGUAGUACAAAUGUGAAUUCAUCUCCUGUGUUGAACCGCCCCAUGCCACGUUGUACUAGGAAUAAAAAUCCUGUAUACAGGUAA